AUGGGGGGCCGCAGAGGGGGCCUGGAUGAACCGGCUUUAGAGGGUGCCUGCAGAGUGCCAGCCCCCUGCCGGGCCCUGGGGGCACCUCCGGGGGCCCCGUGCAGUGUCCUCUCAGCUGGCCGCAGACAUGGUAAGGCUGCUCCUGGUGCCCCGCAGAGCCCCCAGGGAGCUGGCCGGGGGGUCGAGCAGGAGCUGGGGCUGCGCCUGAUGGCUGCCUUGGAAGUGGCCGGGCAGGGGUGGCCAGGUGCUGGGUCGCCCCUCGGGGAUGCUGGGGCCCUGGAAGCCCGUGCCGCCCCUCACCUGGGCUCGCUGUCCACUGCAGCCCUCCUGCUGGCCUGGCCCCAUCUCGGGCCCCUUCCAUGCUCAAGAGCCACCACUUGGGCUGCCCGGUCUGAAGCCUGCUGUGGGCUGGGGCAGGGUGCACAUGCCCCUUGUCCCGGGGCCUCCCGCCUCCCCUGGCCAGAGGGCAGAGGGGCCCCUGGUGAGCCUGGGCCCGUGUCCCCACAGACAGAGCGCCUGACGGCGGAGCAGAUCAAGGACUACAGGGGCGUCUUUGAGAUGUUUGAUGAGGAGGGCAACGGGCAGGUGAAGACGGGAGAGCUGGUGUGGCUCAUGGGCCUACUGGGCAUCAACCCCACCAAGAGCGAGCUGGCCUCCAUGGCCAAGGACGUGGACCGGGACAGUGAGGCCGGCCGGGGCAGCCCUGGGCGGGGGGGGGGUGCUGUGCCACCCUCACCCAGGCCUUGCUGCCUGCUCCCUGCAGAGAAAGGCUUCUUCAGCUACGACAGCUUCCUGGCCCUGAUGGGCGUGUCCCGGGAGAAGGCGCAGAACCAGGAGCAUGAGCUCAGGGUGGCCUUCCGCGUUUUCGACAAGGAAGGCAAGGGCGCAUCCUGCAUCGACUGGGACAUGCUCAAGUCCGUGCUCAUGAACGCCGGGGAGCCCCUCAAGGAGGUGGAGGCCGAGCAGAUGACGAAGGAGGCGGACAAGGGUGGGGACGGGACCAUCAACUACGAGGGUGAGUGA